AAUGGAAAUUGCCGCGAUUGUCAAAUAAUUAAUUUAUGUAGAGGAGUUUUUAUGUAGAGGAGGGAGGCAGGGUUCGAGUCUCCGCUAAUAGGGUUUGAAUCUCGGUUGAGCAAGUUCGAUGAUGGCAGAUGGGUUAAGAAUACUUAAGAAUCGCUGGCUAGAGCCUGGCAAGUGCGAUUAAUAAAAAGAAAAAAAAAGAACGACACGAAUAUGAAUAUAAUUAUCAAUAAUUAUACUCGAACAGUCGCAAGUCUUUUUAGAGAUGCUGGUAAUUUUUCGAGAAGAUACGCUGUUUCUAUAGCCGACUAUAAGAUCAACUGGACGCGACCUGAACAACCCUCAGAGUUGUCGCCUGAGAGAUCUGGCGACCUGGGAUUAGACGUCGGCGUCAAGCCAACGGAUUUUGCCAAGUAUUACUCUGAGUCAGGUGAAUUGAAAGAUGCCAGCGACAUUGUUAAAAAAAUGUUCACCUUACAAUUUCAACCCUUCAAAAGUACAAAAUACUUGAGAAAGGUCAAAACUGUGGACUUCGUAAGGAGGAAUGAAUUGGACAGAUCAUCACCGGAGGCUCAAAUCGCUUUUUACACUAGCAAAAUACUUAGAUUGCAAGAACAUGUGAAAAAACAUCCUCACCAUUCGACUGCGAGAGUAGAUUUGAAAGAAGCGAUUGACAAGCGAAGGAAACAGUUGAAACAUUUACGAACCUGGGAUUACAAGCGCUUUGAAUGGGUUUUAGAGAAACUCAAUCUUAUUUAUAAACCACUACCCGAGCCACCAAAGCAGAUUGCUAGAAAAGAAUCUAUAAGACGAUUGACAGAAAAGCAUUGUGAUAGACUCGUGCAGGAUAAAUUAAAUAAUUACAAAGGAGAAUUGAAAAUGUUACAAAAGCAAUUUUAUGUAGAGAAGGCAGAGAAGCUCGCGUUUAUUAGGGAGGAAGAAUUAGCUUGUGGAUUAGAGCCAACAGUGAGUGAAAAGGACAUUGAAGAAGCUAAGAAAAAAGCAAAGGAAUGUCAAACAAAAGAAAUGUAAAAAAAUAAUAAAUAU